UCAAGCUCCCCUCCUGGAACAGUACAGAGUGGGAAAGGUAUGCAGAAUAAGAGUCAGUUUAGGACGAUUGCACCAAAAAUUAUACCUAAAAUUCUAACAUCCAGAAUGCUGCUAUGUCCUUCCCUGUCACUCUCUGAUCACCUUAAUCCAGGACCCUCCAUUAACUACAAGUCACUGGUGAUGCCUUCCCAGAACUAUGCUCUAAUGCAAGUUGCUGGCCAGGAGGGGACAUUUUCUCUUGUUGCUUUGCCACAUGUUGCCUCAGCACAGCCAGUCCAGAAGCCCAGAAUGGCCCUGCCUGAAAACCUUAAGUUGCCUAUUCCUCGGUACCAAACCCCAAGAAAUAGCAAAGCAUCAAGAAUGAAAUCCAGCCUGAGCUCCUCGGAGAGUAGCUGUAGCAAACCUGUCCAAACCCAAGUGUGUCCUCAGAUGUCCCCUCCUCCACUCAGUCAUCCUGAGCUCCCCCACAAAACCAUAUCAUCCAAGCAAGCACUGUCUCUGUAUGAUGCCCCAGUCACCAUUGGCACAGCUGCUCUGUCCAAUGGAGGUGGCCUCAGAGACUUGAUACCUCCACUGACGCCCAGCUGUGGAGACGUGAAUACUCCUGUCCUGCCAAGACCAUCCACCCCACAGAAGCCCUCAGUGGAGCAGACCCACAUUAGGAUUUCAGGAACAGCAAGCUUUGCAAGCAGGAAAACCUGCAGUAAACCUUCUGCUGUACAUCUUGCAAAAGCCAUGACCAGUUUUUCACCAGGCAUUUUUGGCAGUGCAGUUCAGUUGAUCUCUUCAGUCCCCAAAGGAAAAUUGCCUAUCUUACCCUACUCAAAAAUGAAAACAGCAAAGUUUUGCAAAAUUGAGCCAGGUACCCACAUUGCAGAAUUGUCUUCACCUGGGCACAGGGCUGACUGUACUAAGGUAUCUUCCAUCACAGAAGGCUUUAAUGCAGCCACCAAAAUGACUGACAAGAUACCUUUUCUACAGGUAUCAAAGCAAAGCCCCUGUGAAAGUGCCUUCUGUCCAGCCUUCAAGCUAGAGUUCAACCACAAAACAAAACGAAACGGUGGGGCAGCCAGGAGAAGAGCACGAAAACAAAAGUUAACGGAUGAAAUCUUGGCAUUUCAGGGGAAGAGGAGAAAAUGCAUCAUGAAUAAAUGUAGAGAGAGUAAAGAAAGAGUAAAAAAUGUUCCCCAGGAAUCCAGAGAUCAAAAACCUGUGAAAAAAUACCGUAGCAUUAUGCCCAAACCUGUAUUUGUCAUGCCAGCAUUGACUUCCCUGGCUUCCCCUGCAGCUGUACUACAAUCCCAAAUUCCUGGAAGCCUAGGCCAGGGUGCUGUGGUAAAUCAGUCACUCACUUCUAAAGCCUUUGGCCGUAAGCAGAAAGAGAGUCCUUCCAGUAAGCCCAGUUUUGCCUUCAAAAAUGGAUGUCCUGGCAUGAAGAAGCCUUGGCACAGAUGUCAGGUCUGUAAACACCACUUUCAGUUCAAGCAGCACCUUCGAGACCAUGUGAACAUGCACACUAACAGACGGCCUUACAGUUGUUGCAUCUGUCGCAAGACAUAUGUCCAUUCUGGCAGCCUGAGCACACACAUGAAGCUUCACCACAGUGAAAACCGUCCAAAGAGACUCCUGUGCUGUGAAUUUUGUGCAAAAGUGUUUGGUCAUGUAAGGGUCUAUUUUGGCCAUCUGAAAGAAGUACACAGGGUCAUGAUCAGCACCGAGCCCUCCCCCAGCGAACCACAGCCAGGAGACAUGCCAAAGACCAGAGACUCAAGUGUUCGAAGGACCCAGGGGUCAGUGGAGAGGGAAAACAAAUCAAGCCUGGAAGAAGACCUCUUUCUGAAUCAGGUGGACAAAGUCAAAUUACAAAUCAGAUGUGGCCGUUGUCAGGUCACGACUCAGUCUUUUGCAGAAAUAAAGUUUCAUUUACUGUAUGUUCAUGGAGAGGAAAUUCAGGGCCAACUCCAGGAAGGGAUUUUACCAGGAAGCAAAGGCCCUCAGGAAGAACUGGUUAAACAUGCUACUUCUUACUGGAAACAAUAUUCUGAGAGAAAAAAGCUAGUUGAGCAUUGUUCCUCUGAGGAGGAAUUAUCUGCAUUUCCUAAAUUGAAAAGACAACUCUGCCUUCAUCAACCGGGUAAUGUGCAAAUACAAAUAAAAAAUGAAGGAACCCAACUGGGAACAAGGGAGCUGGGAGAAGAUCCCCAGAGCUCUCAGCAUACCACCUCAGACACCAUUCUCUUUUGCUCCCAUUUGGGCUUUAGCUGCCUUCUCUGUGCACAGACCCUGGGAAGGAGGGAAGAGCUCCUCCUCCACUGGAAACAGCAGCAUAACUGUGAAGAUCCCUCCAGACUGUGGACUGUUUUAAAUGCUUUCUCCAACCAGGGGGUGAUUGAGUUUUCCCAUGAAAUUGAAAAAUGA